CUGUCCACUCCCCAGUCAAGGUGCGGCAGUGGAACAGGUGCGCAAGGAUUCAUCGAGAGGCUUUUUAAACUGAGACGCCGCUGCUGUUUGACUUUCAGAGCGCCAAGGACAGCUUUACCACACUUUGAAGAAGGACAUAACCUCCCAAAGAGGCCAGAAGUUAGUUUGUUGGACUUAAAAGAAACAGGACUUCCAGUUUCGCAGCAGGUGUACAUCGUCUUUUUUUGUGUUUUUUUGAUCCCAAGCGAGGAGGAGGAAGCAACGUCGAAAUGGCCAAUUCAAGUCUUCAGAUUCUGGGCUUCGCCCUGGCUCUUCUUGGUAUGAUUGGAUUGAUAAUUGGCACCAUCUUGCCCCAGUGGAAGAUGUCGGCUUUCGUCGGUUCCAACAUCAUCACCGCCGUGUCGAUGUACGAGGGACUGUGGAUGUCCUGCGCCUUCCAGAGCACGGGCCAGAUCCAGUGCAAAGUGUACGACUCGAUGCUGCAGCUCAACAGUGCCCUUCAAGCAACGCGCGCCCUCAUGGUUGUGAGCAUAAUCGUCACCGUUGCUGGGCUGGGUGUAGCCUGUAUGGGAAUGAAGUGCACAAACUGCGGAGGAGACGACAAAACAAAGAAGUCCCGCAUCGCGAUGACUGGUGGCAUCAUCAUCCUGAUCGGAGCUUUGUGUGCUAUAGUCGCCUGCUCUUGGUAUGCUAACGACAUCGUCCGAGCCUUCUACGAUCCUUUCACCCCUGUCAACACAAGGUACGAGUUUGGCUCUGCCAUCUUCAUCGGAUGGGCUGGCUCUUUUCUGGCUAUAAUUGGAGGUGCCAUGCUGGCGGCAUCCUGCCCAAAAGAAAAGUCUUCUCCCAAGUACCCCAUCUCCAAUAGGCCCCCAAGCAGCUCUAGGGAAUACGUUUGAACAGGAUAGGAAUCGGUUACUGUUUGGAAGAAAAAAAAACAUUUUAAUAUUCAACCCGAAUCCAACUGGUAACUUUUUUAAAAAAAGUAUCCACAGAGUACCGGCUUUAUACAAAUAUAUAUUCCUUUUUAGUUUCCACAGGACUACCCUUGAUGUUACUGUAAUAUUUUUAUCAAACUGUUUUAAACAUUUUUAUUUUAUUUUUUUUAAAUACUGACUGUUUACUUCAGAACCUGCUGGUCUUGCCCUGUCUGAAACUGCAGUCGGUGCUUUAUGUAUACUUUUCAGUGUACUGUGUAUGUAGCUGACAGCUCUGAAGCACUAAGUCCAAUUAUGGAGAAGCUCGAUGUAAGAAGCGCUUUUCAUGUGCAGUUCAAUUAAAAGGACAGUGUUGAGCAACCGCUGCUCUGCUGUAAGGUACUUUUUUUGUUUUUGUUUGAAGGUUGAUCAGUAACACUGCAGACCUGUUUUUAUGGAUUAAUAGAAAUCGGAACUAAACUCUACCAUGAAUACGCGGAUUGCCAAUUUUGCUAACUUGUAAUAAAUGGAAAUGUUGUGACUCUGACUGUUGUAAGAUCUUCAUGUGAGUUUAAGUGUAUUAGUUUUUUUUAUUAUCUUUUUAAGUUGUAAAUAAAGUUAAAGUGACACAUUU